AACAAACAAAGGGAUCACGUGAGUCACGCGGUCUGUGAAGUCACAUGACCCGAGCAGAGCAAGAUGGCGGCGGAUAAACCGGAAGUGUGAGGUAAAGUAAUAUUGAUGACCGGGCUGUGAGAGAGCUGAGAGACUGCUACGGUAAGAGACAGCAUGGAAAGAGACUGCAAGACAGAGAGAAGGGAUCCAUCAAACAUAGACAGCCUUGGAGACAGAGACUGCACCAGAGAGAGAGAGAGAGAGAGAGAGAGAGAGAGAGAGAGAGACUGACUGCACCACCACACAGAGAGAGAGAGAGAGAGAGAGAGAGAGAGAGAGAGACUGACUGCACCACCACACAGAGAGAGAGAGAGAGAGAGAGAGAGAGAGACUGCACGAGAGAGAGAGACUGCACCACACAGAGAGAGAGAGACAGAGACUGCACCACAGAGAGAGAGAGACAGAGACUGCACCACACAGAGAGAGAGAGACAGAGACUGCACCACACCACAGAGAGAGACAUACAGAGAGAGAGAGAGAGAGACUGCAAUAAAUAGAGACAUACAGAGAGAGAGAGAGAGACUGCACCACACCACAGAGAGAGACAUACAGAGAGAGAGACUGCAAUAAAGAGACAUACAGAGAGAGAGAGACUGCACCACAGAGAGAGACUGCACCACAGAGAGACAUACAGAGAGAGAGACUGCACCACAGAGAGAGAGAGAGAGAGAGAGACUGCACCACAGAGAGAGAGAGAGAGAGAGAGAUUGCACCACAGAGAGAGACUGCACCACAGAGAGAGACUGCACCACAGAGAGAGACUGCACCAAAGAGAGAGACUGCACCAAAGAGAGAGACUGCACCAAAGAGAGAGACUGCACCAAAGAGAGAGACUGCACCAAAGAGAGAGACUGCACCACAGAGAGAGACUGCACCACAGAGAGAGACAUAGAGAGAGAGACUGCACCACAUAGAGAGAUAUAGAGAGAGAGAGACUGCACCACAUAGAGAGAUAUAUAGAGAGAGAGAGACUGCACCACAUAGAGAGAUAUAUAUAGAGAGAGAGACUGCACCACAUAGAGAGAUAUAUAUAGAGAGAGAGACUGCACCACAUAGAGAGAUAUAUAUAGAGAGAGAGAGACUGCACCACAUAGAGAGAUAUAUAUAGAGAGAGAGACUGCACCACAUAGAGAGAUAUAGAGAGAGAGAGACUGCACCACAUAGAGAGAUAUAGAGAGAGAGACUGCACCACAUAGAGAGAUAUAGAGAGAGAGAGAGAGACUGCACCACAUAGAGAGAUAUAUAUAGAGAGAGAGACUGCACCACAUAGAGAGACAUAGAGAGAGAGAGAGACUGCACCACAUAGAGAGACAUAGAGAGAGAGAGACUGAGAUAUAGAGAGAGAGACUGCACCACAUAGAGAGAUAUAGAGAGAGAGAGAGAGACUGCACCACAUAGAGAGAUAUAUAUAGAGAGAGAGACUGCACCACAUAGAGAGACAUAGAGAGAGAGAGAGACUGCACCACAUAGAGAGACAUAGAGAGAGAGAGACUGCACCACAUAGAGAGACAUACAGAGAGAGAGACUGCACCGCAGAGAGAGAUACAAAGAGAGAGACUGCACCGCAGAGAGAGAUACAAAGAGAGAGACUGCACCGCAGAGAGAGAGACUGCACCGCAGAGAGAGAUACAAAGAGAGAGACUGCACCGCAGAGAGAGAUACAAAGAGAGAGACUGCACCGCAGAGAGAGAUACAAAGAGAGAGACUGCACCGCAGAGAGAGAUACAGAGAGAGAGACUGCACCGCAGAGAGAGAUACAAAGAGAGAGACUGCACCGCAGAGAGAGAUACAAAGAGAGAGACUGCACCGCAGAGAGAGAUACAAAGAGAGAGAGACUGCACCGCAGAGAGAGAUACAAAGAGAGAGAGACUGCACCGCAGAGAGAGAUACAAAGAGAGAGAGACUGCACCGCAGAGAGAGAUACAAAGAGAGAGAGACUGCACCGCAGAGAGAGAUACAAAGAGAGCGACUGCACCGCAGAGAGAGAUACAAAGAGAGAGAGAGAGAGAGAGAGUCUGGACCACAUAAAGAAAGAGAUACAAAGAGAGAGAGAGACUGCACCACAUAGAGAUGUACAGGGGGAGAGAGGGACUGCACCACAAUGUACAUAUUAUUUAUAUAGCGCCAACAAAUUCCGUAGCGCUGUACAAUGGGUGGACUAACAGACUGUUCAGUGGAGACCACUAUCAGAACAGACAGACUGUAUUACAAACUGAGCUAACACAAGAGAGAGACCUGCUGCAUGACACACAAAGAUAUUACUCCAGUGAGAGGGAGAGACAGGGAGACAGAGAUAAAUCUGUGGAUAUGUAACCUACAUAACAGAACGGUGGCAGAAGGUUCUGCUAAACAGUAGAACAUUUUAGAGAGAUGAAUAACUAAAUUCAUUCCCCUGCAGAUUUACCGGGAAUGAGACCGGAUAAAACGCUCAGUUAACCCUUUAUGAACCAGCAAUAAAAAGACUGAUAAACAUGAGAGUGUGCUACUAAGACAUCGCAGAAAAGAAGGGGAGGCACUCAGCCAUUCAUCAGUUGGUGAGUGUAACUGUAUGGUUUGAGGAUUUUUGGAUUAUUAGAGGUUUGAUGUUGAUUACUCUGUAUUUUUAUGUUUUUAUCUGCAGUCUUUUUAUAAUAAAAUAAAGUUCAAUUUCAUGGUACGUGUAGGAAAAGACGGUUUAAAUGAGCAUGAACAGCACUAGAAACGUUUCUGUCCGUCAAGGAGACUUCUUUAGGGUAGGAUGUAAGUAGUAAAGUAUAUGGGUUGUCUGAGUGUCUGGCAUCUGAAACAAAAUAGGUAGGUCAGUGCUUUGCUCCCUAAGAGACUAUAGAAGCUCUUCACCAAACAAAAGGGUUCCUUUUUUUUUUUUUAUCAGUGAUAAGAGCCACAGGGGAAUGAUCAUCUGAGCCUGAUUUCAUUAAUUCAUGUUCUAAGUGAUCUGUAUGUUCAUGUGGUCACAAUAAUCCAUUCAAGCAUGUCUUCGAUAGCUUAAUAUAUUUGUUGAAUGUGCUUUAUUAAGGCCUGUUAUGCAGAUAUAACCGCUAAUUAUCAGAGCAGUGGAGCAGGUUCAACAAGUCACAGUGGCUUCGGAGUGCAAGCUGAUUUUAGCUUGUUUCUUUGGGAAUUAAAUGCAAGAGCCAUAUUAAUCGGAAAUUAUAAAAACUGUUCCAUGUGUUGCUUACGGUGGUUUGGUCAUAUGUUUGAAUGAGAAUGUUCUGCUUUUUUUAAAGAAAAGAUAUGUUGCUGUACAAAGUUCCUGGUCUCCUGUUUUCUCAAGUGUCAGCACUUGGUCAGAUAAUGCUUGUAAGGAUGUAAUGAGUAAUAUGUGACUGGGCCGUGUUCUUUAUGUUCAUGUGACAGAAUAGAAAGACAGUGUGUUACAAUAUACUGUAAGAACCGUUUACAAAUACUUUGUGAUAGAAUUACUACCCAGGGACUGGGACAUAUGCAAAAUGCAGGAAUUAUGGCAUUCUGGCUUUUUCACUAAACUGUGGUGAAUUCUGAAUGGCAAAUGUUAUUCUAAAAGAGCAGAUUUUGAAUAAUUCUCCAACUUUGUUACAUAGUAAAAAAUAAAUAAAUGGGAAUUGGGGGCACACCCGGAAUAUCCAUUUCUCAGGAUUGGUGCUGCCACAGAGACCAACAUUUAUACAAAAUACAGAUAAAGGAACAGCGCACACACAAACAUACAGUUUUUAAACUUUAUAAGGCUACUUAAAAUCACCUAUCUCAGCAAACUAACAUGGAGAUUCAGUUCCACCACAUGGCUAUAUUGUGUUAAACCCACCACUACGUCACAGUACCCCAAUAUUGGUGGCUCCUACACUAAUUGCAAAAUGGGAGACUGUAUAAAUGGUGCUAAAUGACCACAGGAAAGUAUGAAUUUGAGGAGGUUUUGAAUAGCAAUGUCACUUUAAUUAUAUUUCUUUAUUUGCUAUAGAGCAAAUAUAUGAUAUGCAUUGUGAGUAUGUAUAUAGAGUUGUCUACUUUUGCAAAUGAUAUGCCAUAAUGGGAGUAAUUCUGAUUCCUGUGCUACCAUAUGGUAUCAAAGGCAACAUAGGACCCUCAAACCAAUCUGGCAAAUUUUAAUAUGUAAAAACCAAAAAGGGCAUAGCCCAAUGUUUGACCAUGCACAUUUUCAAAACCCCGUAAAACCUGUACAUGGGGGUACUGUUGCAUUUGUGAGACAUCGCUGAACACAAAUCUGUGUAUAAAGCUAUUAUGACAUUCACUGUUAAAUGCGUUGCAAUACUAAGAAAAUAUAUUUCUUAAUGUCUCACGCUUUUUUUUGUUUUUGUUUAAUUCAUAUUAAAUUGUUUCAUAUAUAAUUAUUUGAUGUGAAAUGAAAUCCCUGUUUCCCCUGAACAAAAUUAUAUAUAUAUAUAUAUAUAUAUAUAUUAGUGUGGGUGCGCUUAAUAUGAAAGAGGUAAAUUAUGGUUGAAUAUAUAGCUCAAAUUCCAGGUUUUGUUUUGAUCAGAACUUGUACAAUUGCUUCCUCCCUUAAGAGGUUAAGUAACCUUGUAAAAUGUAAACGUAUUUGUGUGUGUGCGCUGUUCCUUAAUCUGGAUUUUGUCCAACUCUGUUACAGUCACAUCCUUUCUAUUGUAGGCUAAACUUGCCUUUAGGGUUUCAGUUCUCUACAAUUUAGAUUUUAGUAAAUAAACCGUGACAGGUAAUGGCAGGGUCGAUGGCGUGAAGAGAGGAAGUGAUACAGGUAGAGCACUGGAGUGUGAUGAAGCUAUAGGGAAAUUGUAAGGUGGAGCCAUAAAAAAACGCUGCUAUGUAGGUAAAUGUGAAGAGAACUGGGGGAGAAGGGGGGGGAUGGGGCCAAAUUAACAGCGUAUGAGGUCACAUGGAAAAGAUCACAGGGGAUUGGAGGAGUGUGUGGGGGGUGUCAGAUGAAAAGGGGGUGGUGGAUCUGGAGGGGAAGGCUGUAAUAAUCUGGGAAAGUAGGGUGGUGGGUUGAAGGAGAAGAAUGCAUGGGCCUGUAGUACAAAGGGGCGGUGGCUCUGGAGAAGUGUACUGGGAUCAGGGUGGGGGGCAGUUGUGGUGAGCUGGAUAAAGGUGCAAUAAAGUGGUAUGUGUGUGUGUGUGUGUGUGUGUGUGUGUGUGUAGCAGGAAAAGCUUGCACAGAUCUGGGGGAAUAGGGAAUGGUUGAUCUGGAGGAGAAUGGUGCAGGGAUCUGAGGGAGAAAGGAAUGGGUUUGGGGAGGAGUACAGGGAUUUGGAGAAGAAGUUGGGAGUGGUGAAUCUGGAGAAGGAUACACGGAUUUGGGGAGUAGGGAGUGGACAGUCUGGAGGAGUAUCUUAAAUUAAAUUAGACUAGAGAUGUUUGGAUUGAUCUAAUUCUUUACAUAGUUAAAAACCCCCCAAAAAGUUACCUGCACUCUCUCCUUAAUCCCUAUGUAUAUUUAGACAAGUUGCUCCAAUGGCCAUUGGAGGAAAUGCCCGCCUGCCAACAUCAUGGCAGACCUCCCCCCCCAGUGUGGUGCAGUCUCUCUCUCUCUCUCUCUCUCUCUCUCUCUCUCUCUCUCUCUCUCUCUCUGUGGUGCAGUCUCUCUCUCUCUCUGAGACAGAGAGGGGUAUUUUUUUAUAUACACCCCUAUAUACUUAUUAACCCUUAAUAGGGAACACAUGGGAUGGGCAGCUGCAUUGUAACAAAACUGUGUGAUACAAAAAGAUAAGUCCUGCACUCACUCCCAGCAUUCCCUCCAAUGGCCAUUGGAGUAACUAAAUGACCUCAAUUUGUCUAAAUAUACAUGGGGAUUAAGGAGAGCGCAGGUAACUUUUUUUUUUUUUUUUUUCUUUUGGCUUUUGCUUCUAAGAAAACAUUCACAUUCUAGCAACUGACAUGCACAUAUCUUUAAACUAAAGUUAAAGUUUGAACUUUGUUAAAUUCUGUCCCUUUCUCUGUUUAGUUUUCUUGGCGGACGUAACUUCAGAAGCCAUUUAUAAUGGCGUCCCGACGAAGUCUGGACUCUGCCCCCUUCCUAACACAGGCGGAUAACACUGAGGAGGAGCAAGACCGAGAUCCAGAAAGCCAGGUGUCUGAUGAGGAAGAUGACGAUAAUAUUAAAGAUGUGCUGCUUGUGACUGGGAUCUCUUAUAAACGCUCUGUUGUCAUUGUCAUGGUCCUCGUUUAUAUUAAUCUUUUAAAUUAUAUGGAUCGUUUCACUGUUGCAGGUAACGGGGCAGUUUUCUUUAUAGUCUGUGAUUAGCUACAUAUGGGGCACAGUCUGUUGUAUUUCCGCAUUCUUUUUGGAGCGUGUUGUUUUUGCUGUUAGAUUUUUGUGAUUAUUCAUUAACCAUAAUUUCAGAGCAUUCAUGGGGGAAAUGCAAAUUUUAGGUCAAAACAUGCAAUUCCCUAAUAAAUUCCUGCCAGGUAUAGUGCAAGUGUUGUGUGGUGCUUACACUUUCUCAUGAGUAGCAUUAUCAAUUUCAGCAGACGAGAUAGGCAGAGAUUGUUGGGGGCUAAUUAACCGCUCUCCAAAACUGCCACACUGAGCCGUAGUGGUUAUGGUGCUGAGUGUGCCCCUUGAAAUCCACAAAACUCAAUUUUAUUUUACGGAAUACCUCCCCGCACUGUGUGUGAGAUAAAAGAAGCACUGUGGCAGACGUUCAAUAGGAGAGUAUUAAAAUAUAGUUAUGAACCCAUUGUACAGCGCUACGGAAUUUGCUGACGCUAUAUAAAUAAUGAAAUAAUAAUGAAGGGGAUUCAUUUAUAAAAAAUAAAAUAAAAAUAGAGAACUUUGAAUUUUUUUAUCCGUCAUAAUGUUAUAUCUAUCAAGGAUAUUAAACUCUUUCUUGUAUUUUAAUGGAUUGUGUAUUUUUUUUUUUUUUUUGCGCUUGUUUACACAGGUGUUCUCCCUGAUAUUGCAAAUGAUUUUAAGAUCAAGGACAGUGACUCCGGAUUGGUUCAGACAGGUACAACCUUAAAUCCACCAGACUGUCUAUGUUUGCUCUAUGCCAAUCGAUAUUGUAUUGAUUACUGCGAUGUGUAUUUUCCUCUCUCUCGUGUUACUAGGUGAAUCAUUUAGGAUACAGGAUGUUUAUAUUUUAAUUACAUUAAUAACCUGUGUUUUUCAUUCUUUUACUGUAUUUUUUGUUUAAUUUUUUUUUCUGAUUGCAUGGUUUCACUACUCCUUCUCUUCCUCUUCCUAGUGUUUAUUAGUAGUUAUAUGGUGCUGGCUCCUGUCUUUGGGUACCUGGGUGAUCGGUACAAUAGAAAAUACAUAAUGUGUGGAGGCAUCACCUUCUGGUCACUCAUCACCCUCUCCAGCUCGUUCAUCCCUAAGGAGGUAACGUCACAAGGCAUUUGAAACCAAUUAUUCAAUUUCUCCCAGGUCCAGCCAUGGUGCAGAAUGCGUGUAAAUCUAUGAUGUCUAACCAUGGUACUCGGCAUCAUGAGAAAUCAUAUUAUUCAAAUCUCCUUGGGGAAGUCAUCACUUGUGUAAUUCACCUAGUUCUCAAAGUCUCCAAUUUACUGUGGCAUUGCUGCUAUUGAUAAUAGUAUUCUUCAAGAUAUUUAUUGAUGACUGUUGUCAAUUUCUUGUCUUUACAGCACUUCUGGCUGCUUCUGCUCACACGGGGUCUCGUGGGAGUUGGGGAAGCCAGUUACUCCACCAUUGCUCCCACGCUGAUUGCUGACCUCUUCCUUGCUGAUCAGCGUAGCCGCAUGCUGUCUUUCUUCUAUCUGGCUACACCUGUUGGUUGGUGAGUUCCCGAUUCUGGCCAGUUGUAGGUUCUGUCAUACACCUUUGAGGAGUCUGGGUUGGAUUGAGUAGUGCUGGCAAGGUUGUAAAUGCCGGUUUCGUGGCCAGAAAAAAAGUUAUAUCAGAAAAAAAGAUUUAAGGAAUUGUGAAGAAUUCACCAAGGAAUUCCAAAUUUGUGACAAACAUAGUAAAACUGUAAAAAACAAAACAAAACUGAGUUUAAAAAAAUAAUUCAAAUCAGUUCUGUUCCAUUUGGCAGAAAUUUGACAUUCUAUUGUUAGUCUUCUACAAGUUUUUGUUUAGUGAACUAUGAUCUUUCAGCCGGUAUGAACUUUCAGUUGGGUUUGGUGUCAUGGCGAAACCCUAUUUCCAGUUCUGUGUAAUAACAUUGAUUAGUGUAGGGUCUGUUCGACACAAGAAGGCUGACUCAUUUCUCCAUUUUAUAGUGGACUUGGAUAUAUUGUUGGAUCAAAGGUGACGAGUGUGGCUGGUGGAAACUGGCACUGGGCAUUACGAGUAAGUAAAACCAGAAAGCUUCAGACUGUGUGUCACUUGUUGGCUGCUGAAUGGCAAAUAGCUUGGGGUAUCUUUGCACACUAAGAUAUAGCGAGAGAAUAAGCACAAUUUUAUUUAAAAUGAACAACUUGGACUGUUUUGCCAGCUCAGAGUGUAUGCGUGCAGUCUGAGUCGGAUGGUGGGAGGGAUAUUUUAUUCAUAAAAACCCCUAGUUAAGUUACAGAGGGAUGGAUGGGGAAGCAGUCUUCCUCUUGAAGAUGCACUUGCUACAAGGGAGAAGAUUAGUACGAGUGUCACCAGCAUGCUGAAGUAUUGACAUUAGGCAGCCCGGAACAGUCCCCUGUGCUGCGGUUCAACUAGCCCCUGGUACACAAUUAGAAAUAACUCUGGGUGGUCAGAAUUUCAAGCUUAAACACUGCACAUCCAGACUCCUACCACCACGACCACUUCAAAAAGCUGAAGUGGCCAUGCAGGUUGGAGUAACCUUUUAAAGUGUAAACUGCACCAAGCGUUUGUUUAUUUGCUCAGUCUGUAUGUACGUCAAUGUGGAUCUCUGGUAUUAUUCUUUGUAGCCAGAUAUUCAAGACAUGUAGUACGAACACUGACACUGUCUGAUUUUGGGGUGCAGGUUACUCCAGGACUGGGUUUCAUAGCCAUUUUACUGCUGCUGUUCAUAGUCCAAGAACCUCCCAGAGGAGCUGUGGAACGGAAGACAGACAAACCCCUCAUCUACACUUCCUGGACAUCUGAUGUUAAAGCUUUGCUAAAGAAGUGAGUUACACUUCGGUUCUAACUCACAAACAUCUGGCCUGUACCUGGCGCCUGACUUUUAAUUUUAUUAUCUCCUCUUGCAGUCCUAGUUUUGUCCUGUCAACCUUUGGAUUUACCACCGUAGCAUUUGUAACCGGAGCCCUGGCCCUUUGGGCUCCAACCUUUUUGAUGCGGGCACGGAGGGUCUUGUACAGUCAUGAGCCAUGCCAAACCCCUAUUUGUGACUCUGAUGACAGGUAAGACUCUCAAACACCAUUACUGUCCUCCAAUUUAUCUUCCAUUCUGUAUACUGGCAGGUCUCAGUGACACUGAUUUCUAUUAAAGUUUGAACCCGCUUGUUGCUUAAAUCCUACAAGACUUUACAUUAACCCUUUCCCUCCCAAGAAAGGUCUAGAUUCUUCCUACAUGAACUAAUGGCUUCAGAUUUUGGCACAUGACGCUACCAGGAGCUAUCUCCUCUCUGUACGCUUGGGAGAAAGUAAAGAACGCUGAGAAUAAUCCCUCCAGGUCUCCCUUGCAAGUUUAAUGAUAUGCCAUAGGCGCACACCUAGAUAACUAUAUAAUAAAAAAACAGAUAAAAGAAAUUAGCAAGCAAUCUGAUUAGGUGCAUGAUAAGGAAUCGAUUUUAAACACAAACCAUGAAACUUAAACCCCGAUUCCUCUCCUGCAACUGUCAUCAAAACAAAACACUAAGCCCUCAGUGAAUAUUAUCCCAGCAACCUACUGUUUCUACCCUACCCUUACCUUUUGUGUGACUAUAUCCCACUCCCUCUAACAUGUAAUCUCACUGAGCAGGGCCUCUGUUACUGUGUCACUAUACCCAGUGGUGUAUCCUGGUUUUGUGCUGCCUUAGGCAGGACAAAACUCAGAUGCCCCCGUGCCACCCCCACCCAACCCUUCUCCCCGCCCCGCCUUCUAAAUAUACACACACACACAUUCACUGACAGAUACGCAUACACUAGCUAACAGAAACACACACACUAACAGACACACUCACUAACAGACACACAAGCACACACACUAAUAGACACACUCACACACUAACAGACACACAGUCUAACAGACACACACACACAUUCACAUUAAUUUUUUUUUUAAAUUUAUUUACCCCCCAGCCUCCUUUCCUUUGGGAAUGCUGGGGGGGGGGGGUUCCCUCUCUUCCUGGGGGUGCAGUGGCUACUGGGUGGUCGGGGGGCGCUGGUGGGCAAGCACUUCCUCUGAGAUGUCUGCUCAGCUCCCUCGCGCACCGCAGAAUGAGGCUGGGAGCCGGAAUAUGACGUCAUAUUCCGGCUCCCAGCUUCACUCUGUGGCGCGCGAGGGAGCUGAUUAGAUCGCUCAGAAAAAGUGCUCCCUCGCCAGCCGCCCGCCCGCCCGCCCAGCCUGUCAGCCGCAAGGCUAACAAGGCAUUUGCCCUGGGCAUUUGGGAAGCGGCUUUUUUGGCCGCCCCCUGGAAAAUGCCACCCAAGGCAAAUGCCUUGUUUGCCUCGCAGCUAAAACGCCCCUGACUAUACCCCACUCCCUCUAGCAUGUAAACUGACUGAGCAGGCCCUCAAUCCCUCUGUUACUGUGUCACUAUACCCCACUCCCUCUAACAUGUAAACUCACUGAGCAUGCCCCUCAAUCCCUCUGUUACUGUGUCACUAUACCCCACUCCCUCUAGCAUGUAAACUCACUGAGCAGGCCCUCAAUCCCUCUGUUACAGUGUCACUAUACCCCACUCCCUCUAACAUGUAAACUCACUGAGCAGGCCCUCAAUCCCUCUGUUACUGUGUCACUAUACCCCACUCCCUCUAACAUGUAACCUCACUGAGCAGGCCCUCAAUCCCUCUGUUACUGUGUCACUAUACCCCACUCCCUCUAACAUGUAAACUCACUGAGCAUGGCCCUCAAUCCCUCUGUUACUGUGUCACUAUACCCCACUCCCUCUAACAUGUAAGCUCACUGAGCAGGCCCUCAAUCCCUCUGUUACUGUGUCACUAUACCCCACUCCCUCUAACAUGUAAACUCACUGAGCAGGCCCUUAAUCCCUCUUACUGUCACUAUACCCCACUCCCUCUAAAUGUAAGCUCACUGAGCAGGGCCCUCAAUCCCUCUGUUACUGUGUCACUAUACCCCACUCCCUCUAACAUGUAAACUCACUGAGCAGGGCCCUCAAUCCCUCUGUUACUGUGUCACUAUACCCCACUCCCUCUAGCAUGUAAACUCACUGAGCAGGGCCCUCAAUCCCUCUGUUACUGUGUCACUAUACCCCACUCCCUCUAGCAUGUAAACUCACUGAGCAUGGCCCUCAAUCCCUCUGAUCCUGUGUUUCCAACUCCUCUGGUUACAAAUACAUGUCUGUUAGUCCACACAUUGUACAGCGCUACUGAACUUGUUGGUGCGUUAUAAAUAAUGAUAUAAAAAAUAUAUAGGACAUGCACAGUGGUGUUCACUAGGAAAUUCACCAGGAAAUUUCAAAUUUAGAGAUAAAUAUAAAAAAAACUAAAAAACUUCUCAAUAUUGCCCUAAAUUGGACUUUUCUUGCUUGAUACAUGGCAAUUCACAGUUUGUUGAAACACCCUCUUUAGCUAGGCUUAGCUGGCUGUCAUCCAUGUGAAAACGUCACAACCGCAGGCUAGGGGUACAAGGGAUACUUCCCUUGCUGGGUUUGGAAGUGUGAUUGCUAUAAAAGACCAGAUUAUCAAUAUAUAGGUAAUUAAUGCAUUAUUUCCCUAAUUACAGAAAUGUAUGCACUGCUGUCUUUGUGUUUGCUCACAUACAAUAAAAAAUAUCACUGACUUUGGAUUUUGUUUCACUUUUUUUUUUCCUCUCCCAAGUCUACUUCCUCCUUUUUUUAACUCAUUAUGCUUUUUAUAUAUUUCUUCUGUAGUAUGAUUUUUGGAGGGAUCACAUGUGUGACUGGUCUUCUGGGGGUCGGGGCUGGUGUGGAGAUCAGCAGGCGUUACCGGAAAGUAAAUCCACGCUCUGACCCAUUGGUUUGCGCCAUGGGCCUCCUGUGCUCAUCCCCCUUCCUUUUCCUGUCCUUAGUGUUUGCAGAGGAUAGCCUUAUCGCUACUUACGUGAGUACUUCUCCUUGCCUGCACUCUCUAAAAAUGCACAAUUUAAGCCUCCUAUGCCUGGUAGUAGCAGAAUAUCAAAGACAAGUUAGUGGAAUGAUUAGUCCGUGUCCGGGCAGAUUAAUCCAGGAGUUAAGGAUCCAGUUUUCCUAUAGUUUGCCUCCUGCAUACAGGACAUUCAGGAGAAUGUAGCAGUAGUAACCACUCCCAAAGUUAUACAAGAACUGUGGAUUACUCUGUUGGUCAUGGCACAGUGUGUGUUUCUUUAUAACUGUAUCACUCUUCUUCCUCUCUGCAGGUUUUUAUCUUUAUUGGGGAAACAUUGCUGUCCUUGAACUGGGCCCUUGUUGCUGACAUAUUACUGGUAAUGUAUAAAAGGACAUCUUAGGAGGAUUAAAAGAUUUUGAUCACAGAUUAGACAAAUACAUACGUUCCUGACAUUAUACAACUUUUGUGUGUUGACUUGUAAUUAAAGGCACUGUAACUGUUGGUAUGAAUCGGUGUGGCUAGAUGGAAAUGUGUAAUCCCUGCCAUAGUCAUAGCGUCAGCAGGGGCCAGGCUACUGGUGUCCAGGUGUUUAACUGGAGGGAUAGUGCCAUAGGAUUCCGUCAGUGAGAUUAAAUGGUUAUAGUGCCUGCAGUGUCCCCUGUGCUAUCAGUGCUUCCUGCAUUACUGCACAUUUUCAACCUUACCUGUAAGAAUAUACUUUGUGUUAAGAUUCUGUUUGUUUUUGAUGUACGUUUUUAUAUUUGGCUGCUUUUGGCAUUCAAUCCCUUCCCUCGUUCCAGCUGUACUUGAAUAGUGUGUGAUGUUUUGCUGCCCCAGCUUGCUGUGGUGAUAUAUCUUCUGAUCUCUUCUCGUAGUACGUGGUGAUCCCCACAAGACGGUCUACGGCAGAGGCUUUGCAGAUAGUUGUAUCCCACUUGCUGGGAGACGCCGGCAGCCCAUACUUAAUUGGAGUGGUAAGUGAUCGUUAUAUCUCCAUGAACAUUAACACCCAUUGUCACCCUUCUCUGGGGUGCCUGCUCAUUAAAAAUAUCGCCCACGGGGUUAUUCACUGAAGUGAAAAUUGAUGAAAUUCAAAGUAAAUUUCUGCAAAAUAACACAUUUGGAAAAAAUGAUUUAAAUUGAUUCUAUGUUCAGUGCAGCUAUUUUAAAUUCCCCAAAAUCCUCACUUGAGUGAAUAGAUCUGUCUCUGUGUACAAGCGUUCAUUUCUAUGGCAAUGCCCAUUAUAGAUUAUCAGCAGUUGUUGAAAUAUUACAUCAUUAAGUGAUACUGAAACCGAUCUGGCCACAGAAUAGCCAGAUAUAGGGUGGGAUCUGAGCAAGUGUAUAUACUGUAUGUCACAUAAAGGAACACUCCCCAUCUGGGAGCAUCCGUGUUGCAUUCUUACAAAUACAUGUGAACAGAUCGUUUGUACGUGUUCACUGUUCCUCCUAAUUUAUGUUGUGUAAUGUAAAGAAUGGAAAGAAAUUUGUAUCCCUGUAAUAUGGGACAAUUUAGGUUUGUUUGUUUUUGUAUGUGCAACUAGUUUUUAUUCAUAUAAUAAUUUUUUUCUGUCCCAUUUAACCACAUCCAAAAAUUGAUUAUUAUUCUUAAAUGCAUGUUUUAGCGCUAACGUUUUCAGCAUUGUUCAGUACUGAAAAGGUCAAUAAUAUACAUAAAUGAAAAAAUCUCAGGCACUCACUGUAAUAUGUUCAAGGCAGUUUCUAUUGGAUCUGCAACGUUUCACCCUGUACCCAGUUCUUUAUCAAGCUUGAUAAAGACCUGGGUACAGGUCGAAACGUUGCAGCUCAGUGCACCCUGUGUUCAUUUUUGUGAUUGAGUGCAACCCUCUUAAGUAAAACACAAAAUAUUGUAUGAAAUAAAUUCCUCAACCAAUAAUUUUAUUACUGGGAUCAGUCACAUACAAGUUUCUGCCAACCUCUGCAGUACUGAUUAAUAUGACAUUUUUUUAAAAAAAAAUUUUUUGGCGUUUUGGUACAUACAUUUAUUUGGCUCAAAUGAGUGGAAAUUCAUUGUCCACCAAAUUCUCUAUUUCUUGGGCUUUUAUUUCAACAGAGAGAUUGACAUAGUUUGGUUAAUUAAGUGGAGACAAUUGUUUUGGUAGUUUUUUUUGUUUUUUUUAAAUAGAAUAGGCUUGGAUUUUUUUUUUUUUUUAACAUCUUUUCAUAGUCUAUAUAUCACAUUAUCACCAGCUGUAACUGCUUCUUUGUAUCUCAUCUUUCUAAUCCUCAGAUUUCCGAUAGAGUCCGUAAAGGAAAGCCUGAUUCUUACCUGUUGCAGUUCCACAGCCUUGGCUAUGCUCUGAUGCUUUGCUCAUUUGUGGGAGCCAUCGGCGGUGGCUUUUUCCUUGCGACAGCACUCUUCAUACAGAAGGAUCGCAAGAAGGCAGAACUGUACUCCCAAGGUGAAACCGAUAAAGUGUUCUGAGAUAUGAGGCCUGGAUAACCUUUCCAAAAUUGCAAGAUUUAAAAUCUGUGAUUCCCUAAACAAAAGUCAAGCAUGUUUUGAUUACUUGUGACAGCGCAUAAAGUCUCAAACAUAAGGAAAGGAUUACAAUACUAAAUACCAUGUUUUCGAGUUUCAUAUUUACAAGGCCAAACUUGAGUAGAAGGAUAUAUUUGGAAAAAUAUGAUAUAAAUGUUGUCCUGUGAAAUACGAUCUUGUUGUUUCAUUCUUUUCUAGAUGCUAAAGGCCUGUUUCCGCUAUAGUGGUUGCAUGGGAAGAUCCUAUUGUAGCUCUUGGGCAACUGCUAUAAAUUAACAAAUUGUCUGAUCUUUUCUUUUGAUAGGUCUUUUGGAAGUGGAGGAGAGCGCCGACGAUAGAAUUGUCGUCCCGAAACGAGGACGAUCAACCAAGGUACCAGUCUCCAGUGUGCUUAUUUGAGAAGCUCCAGUUCCUGUGCAACGUUUUGGCUUCAGUAUUGACCAUCGUUCUGGAUGGGGAACAAGCAUAACUGAUUGUAGCAAUGCUAUUUGUUGGCCACUCUUAUUGAACGGCAUGGACAUCUGGGAUGAUGGCUUCAGCACCUGUCUCCCUGUCUACGAUGAGAUGGCUCACUGUUGGACCAUGGUAUCUUGUUUUGGAUUUUCCAAUCCAUCAUCGUAGGACAAUCUUCUACUCUUACUUAAAGAGUCUCCAGUCUAAAGGGAUCAUACUAAGUUGUUGUUCUACUCGCACGCCCAAUGAUUUAAUUCUAUUUUUUUUAAAUGAGCUGCUGUUUCUAUAAUUUUCCUUUUUAUGACAAAGGAUCUGAUGCCUUGGAUUACUGCAAAGGCCUGUUCUGUUAUAGAGAACCAUGGGUGGUUUACUCUGAAAAUUAAUAUUGGAUUAUAGUUUUAACACACAACAAUUUAAAACGUAACUUUUCCACAUGCUGAUCUAAGAUAAUUCCCAAGUGUAUAAUAGAUGGCAAUAAUGACAAUAUAUUCCUGUGAACCGCUAUAACCAAUCACAACGUACAUAAUUCCAUCUUGUAAAUGUCUGGUUACAGAUUUUGCUAUCCUUACCUCCAAGCCAUCAUCGUGUGACAAAUGGUAAAGAUAAAUACCUUGCCCAGAGUUUGCAAAGUAUGCAUCCAUCGUAGCAAGCAGAGAUCUAGUUUAACAUAUGAGGGUUUUUUAAGUGUGCCAUUAGUCCUCAUGUAAUGAGGCUGCUGGUUAACAGCUCCAACAGAAAACUUGGACCUGAAUUGCCAGUCUCCUAUCUCUUUUCUGUUGCUCACCAACAAACUUCCUCUAUUAUUAUAAUAUCAAAUAAGUUUCUGCUUCUCUCUCAAGGUCCAAUAUUGCUCUAUUAAAAUUGUGUUAUUAGUCCAUGUGACACUCAAAUGGUUCUAGGGCUGUUAAAUCCUGACAAAGGAAUGAAACAGCUCUCUGCGAAUUUCACAGUUCUAGAGACAGAACAUUACUGAUCUCAAGCAGAAUAACAAUACCGUAUAAGAUCAUGCGUAUCCCAUAGUACACUACUGGCAUUUUAAAAUGGGGAAUGUUUUUUAAAAGGGAAUUAUUUUACAAAAUUGUAGCCGUGCUUUUAGUUUAGUACUCUUUCAUUUAAAGAAAUUUGUGUUAAUUUGGAAGUCUCCCCAGCAAUGGAUUUUAGGAAAUGUAUUAAAUGUUUAAUUUGGCAACGCCAGUAACAUUUCAUUCAGGGAAUAAUGAAACAAUGAACACCAAUUAGCCAGGCUACGUGAGAGCUUUCGCCAUGGGAAGAGUUUGUAACUUCUAGUUUGAAUUUGGUAGCACAUCCAUUCCUGGAUCCAGUGAUCAGAAUGCCCCAUUAUUUGGGAGGAUAACAGUAUUCUGUAACCGUGCUCAGUGAUCUGAGAAUUGUAUUGACUUGAAUUCCUACUAUUUAUAAUGAACAUGUGUUUUCAAUAAUAUAUCUAACAAAGCCCUGUUUGUGUAUCAUUUUUUUUUUCUUGGGAGAGUGUGAGUGAGUAUUCUGUGUCUUUCAAAUUUGUCUGUUCAGUACAAAUAAAGUCUUUAAUUGGUUAAUCAAAUACACCUAAAUCUGGUACUAAACCUCUAAGAGCAGGAGAUUUUAUUAUAUAGAAAUAAACACAUAGACAUUGGCUGCCUGAG